UUUCUUCCCUAAAGGCGAAGAACACCACAACGCCUUCUACCCGUGGCUCAGGGUUUGCAGCUCUGCUGGGGAAAGUGUCCAAACAAAGUGCGCUGCUCACUGUCCUGAUCCGUGCUAAGAGAUGCGGCCUGGGCAUCUUACAGAGAAACGACUGCGUGCAUGUCAGGCAGGUGCAGGCGCCCUCCCAGCGCGGCCUCAUGGGCUAACGAGAUGGGGGUGCUUGGAUACCUUUGCACUGGGGCUGCAGCAGCUCCUCCUUCCCGCGCCCGGAGCAUGCUAGCAGGGGGCCUCUGAGUGCGGCGAUUCUGCAGGGAGUCUCGCUCUCAAGCCAGUGUCGGGGCAAGAGCAGCAACCCCCGAGGCUCCCCAGGGAGCUGCGGCCCUUAACUGCUUCUCCCGCGCCUCCGAUGGCUGCGGAGGGGCCCCGAGCAGCUACGAGCUCGGCCCGGCCCCGCCCCCCGGGCUGGCAGGUGCUGAAAAGCCCCGCGGCGGACGGCUCGGGGGGCGGCGGUGCUGGGGCAUGGCUGGUGCUGGAGGGGACACCCCGCAGCGGGGCGACGGGCCUGGGAAAGCAGCGCCGAAGGCCGCCCUUCUCCCAGAGGAGCCGCCGCAGGAACAAGCGCUCAGGCGGUCAGCAGAAGAGCUCAGACAGGAAGACAGACUCUCCGUUUGCAGCAAAUUAUGCUAUGCAAUAGGAGGUGCUCCAAACCAAGUUGCAACAAGUGCCACUGCUUUUUUUCUACAGAUCUACCUGUUAGAUAUAGCACAUAUUACUCCAUUUCAUGCCUCUUUGGUGCUGUUCAUUGGCAAAGCCUGGGGUGCAGUUACUGAUCCUGUUGCUGGCUUUUUUAUUAGCAAAAGUAAACGGACAAAAAUUGGCCGGCUUAUGCCUUGGAUGUUGGGGUGUACACCCUUCACGAUUGUGUCCUAUUUCUUCAUGUGGUACUUGCCUCCUUUUGUAGCGGGAAGAGUUGUGUGGUACCUGACUUUCUAUUGUCUUUUCCAAGCAUUGACCACAUUAUUCCAAGUACCGUAUUCUGCUCUCACCAUGUUUCUCAGCCCAGACCAGAAGGAGAGAGAUUCAGCAACAGCAUACCGAAUGACUGUGGAAGUGCUUGGAACCUUGAUGGGAGCUGCGCUCCAUGGGCAGAUUGUGGCAAGUGCCCAUGCCUCUGAUCACUGCGCCGUGAAUCUCACCAUAAACGCUGCCGACUCUUCCAGUUCUCUAAGCAACACUUCCAACCUUGCCGAGCCCUUGGGCCUCCAGUCCCGUGGAAGAGAAGUCUACAUGAUUGCAGCGGGAGUAAUAGGAGGAGUGUAUCUAUUCGGCAUUGUCAUCCUUUUCAUUGGAGUUAAGGAGAGAGACGAUCCUUACGCCUUAAAUUCAGACAAAGCAAUUCCUUUCUUUAAGGGACUGAGACUCACAAUGAAGCAUGGUCCAUACUUGAAACUUACAGCUUCGUUUCUUCUCAUCUCAACAGCCGUUCAGCUUGAGCAGAGCAAUUUUGUCCAGUUUUGCACCCAUGCAGCCAGUCUUCACAAUCACUUCCAGUAUUUAGUGGUGACAAUCUUGGUAUCAGCAGCAGUGAGCAUUCCAUUCUGGCAGUGGUUUCUACAGCGCUUUGGCAAGAAAAGUGCAGCAUGUGGGAUUUCCUGGAUGAUUCCUUUUGCGGUCAUGCUGGUUACAAUCCCAAAUCUGGUUUUGGCUUACGUGGUGGCCUUUGUCUCUGGUCUCAGUAUUGCAUCAUCUUUGCUGUUGCCAUGGUCAAUGUUGCCUGAUGUAGUUGAUCAUUUUCGCCUGCUGAAUCCUCAUGCAAAGGGACCUGAAACCAUCUUUUAUUCUUCAUAUGUCUUCUUUACUAAGAUGUCGGCCGGGAUUGGAUUAGGAAUUUCUGCAGCAAGCCUGGAGUUUGCCGGUUAUAAACCAGGGAUGUGCAGGCAAUCCAGCACUGUGAUCCUCACACUGAAAAUCCUGAUUGGGGCAGUCCCUGCUAUUCUCAUUGUUAUAGGCUUAUCCAUACUCCUCUUCUACCCAAUCACUGAAAAAAGUCGAAAAGAAACUGAAUUUGCACUCGAGCUGUUAAGAAGGAGUCAUCCGAGCACUGACAACCUUUCCAAAAAUGAAGAGGAUACUUGGAUAUGAAAGUUCAGACAGAAGUGUCUCUUCAAACCGAAGUCUGACCUCAGUUUCCAAAGCACUGUACUUGGGGGGUGGAAGGAAGGGAAUGACUUCUGAGUUAUCCCACAUAAGUUUUAUUAGAGGAUACUGGAAGCACCAGUACACAAAAGUGCAAAGAGCUCUGUUACAUUAAGGGUAAGGAUCUGAUUUUGACUGACAAAAUAGGAAGAUUCUGAGGAAAGCCAAUAAGGUGCCUCAAGGGGAUGCUCACAGUUCAUAAGUAUGUAAACUUCAUCCAGUGUUCUGAUGCCCUUAAAGUGGUGUUAGAAAGAUUCAGUAGGUGGCACUCUUCCCUCUAGUCAGUGCUGAACCAGAGCCCCAGCACUGUACUGAGGAUAACCUGCUUCUGAAGAUGCUGUGUUUUGUAUGAGACAUAAAAUCAAAGUCCUGCAAUCACUAAAUUUCUUCUGGAACUGUUGGCAAGAUCCAGGGGUGUUUAAACAUGGUGUCCUGGCCAAACUUUAACUCAGGAGAUUACAUUCUUCUGACUUAAAUUGUCCUUGUAUCCUCUGUUGGAUACAGUAUUCUUCAUCACUUUUUUCUAAACUGUUUGCUGCACAUUUGCUACGUGUCACUCUAGAAGUGUCUGCAUUUCAGUGGCUGAUGGACGUGAUCCUUGUGUAUAAUUUGUUCAAGUUUGUAAAGCCCUUAGGGAUUCUGAGGAUGAAAUGUGCUGUCAACAUGUAAGAUUUAGUGCUUCUUUUUGAGUUCCAACAAGCCCUGGAUGCAGUUGGUAACAGAACUGCAUGUUGAAAACGUUCUCACAAAUAACUGCUCCAAACCUGAUUUUAAUGUGACUUUAUUUGGGGGCGUUAAGUCAAACUUUUGUAUUAAUAGAGGCCUACAUUUUCAAGAGUGAUUGACUAGUGGUCUGGGGUACCUCAGUUUUUGAGUGCCUCCUUGACACUUCAGAGUGCCCAGUUGUCAGAGUGUGGGUGCUCUGCUCUUUCUAAAAAUCAGGCCCACUUCAGGCAGGUCAUGUUGAAGCACCCAAAACCACUAGUCACUUCUGGAAAUUUUAGUCCCUACAGGUUUGUGUUUUAGUUGUAUGAGGCACACAUUCCCACAUACAGAAUGCUGGCCUGCAUCUAUUGAGAGCUGCAGCAGUGCUACAAAUUCUCAGCAUAUAUGUAGCAAUUUAGAAUAAUGAGCCUGGACUGGUUAUCUAGUUGGUGCCUUUUUGAGCCAUGGUGCUUUAGAAGCAUUAAUUAAAGCCUCCCCACACCCCUGUAAGGGGUACAUACUACUGCGCACAUCUUUCAGGGAGGGAAACUGACCCACAGAGAUUAAGAGUUAAUCCAGCUCCCCUUGGAGUCAGUGGGAGUUGGAUUAGGCUGUAAGUGAUUUGCUCAAGGUCAUCCAGCAAUUUAGUGAUGAUACUGAGACUAGAUUACAGGGAAGCCUUUUACUGAAAGACACUGUGAAGUGAAAUUAAUGCAUCUGCUUAAGUCCUGUUGACUUCAAUGAGACUUGAACACAUGGUUAAAUGCUUGUUGACUAAGGAUGGCCUUAACCACAUGUAUAAGAGUUUUGGUGAAUUGAAGCCAAAAUCUGCUUUUGGUUUAGGUCAUGGACAAAACAGAAGUAUCUGUAUACUGGUGGCAUUUAUCUUUGAAAGAGUACAAAUCAUAAGCAGCUUUGUCAGUUUGGAGUCUGAUAGAAUUUGAAACCAAGAGAUACUAUAUUCUAAAAUAUGAGUUUUCUGUUAU